UAUCUUCUCUUUAAGUUAGGGUGGCUGGCUGGCUGGGGCAACCCACCACUAAAGUGAUGAACAAAAAAGAUAUCACUAUCAUCAUACUGUAGCAAUUUCAAAAGGGUUUCCUAUAUAUGAUCCAUUAGUUGAUAGUCUUGUCUUUGCCUGAAUUGGAACCUUGUAAUCUCACUUCAGUUGUUUGUCUCCUCCACACCUAUGGAAAGUGGCUUCUCCUCCCCAAGAACUGACUCUUUUCCGGCAGGUCUCCGAGUUCUUGUAGUAGAUGAUGAUCCCACCUGGCUUAGGAUCCUCGAAAAGAUGCUGAAGAAAUGUUCUUACGAAGUCACUACUUGUUGCUUAGCUAGAGAUGCAUUGGAUUUACUUCGCGAGAGAAGAGAUGGUUUCGACAUUGUAAUAAGCGAUGUCAACAUGCCCGAUAUGAACGGUUUUAAGCUUCUAGAGCAUGUGGGACUUGAAAUGGAUCUUCCUGUCAUCAUGAUGUCAGUUGAUGGGGAAACAAGCAGAGUUAUGAAAGGUGUUCAACAUGGAGCAUGUGAUUAUCUUCUAAAACCUAUAAGAAUGAAAGAACUAAGAAACAUAUGGCAACAUGUCUUCAGAAAAAAGAUACAUCAUGAAGUUAGAGACGUCGAAAGCAGUUUAGAUGGUUUCGAAGAUGUUCAAAUCAUGAGAACCAUAUUCGAUCAUUACGAUGAGCACCCCCAUCUUCAAGGUGGUUCUGAUUUCUCAUCCUCGAAGAAGAGGAAGGACGUUGAUAAUGGAGACCAGUCUUCCAUGAAGAAAGCGCGAGUAAUUUGGACAGUCGAUCUUCACCAAAAAUUCGUGAGAGCAGUCAAUCAUAUCGGAUAUGAAAAAGUCGGUCCUAAGAAAAUCCUCGACUUAAUGAACGUGCCCUGGCUGACAAGAGAGAACGUCGCUAGUCAUCUGCAGAAAUACCGUCUCUAUUUAAGCAGAUUGCAAAAGGAAAACGAGCUGAAAUCUUCCAAUGAGCCGAAAACUUUAAGCCAAAAUAUUAACAACAACGAUAAGAAAAUCCACGAAUGCGAUUUGAAAUGCAUAGUUUCUCCACACCUUGAAGGUUUACUUGAUACCCGGAAAGCAAGCAGUUCAAAAACAACAAACCAGACCAAACAGAAACAAUCCGAAAACAUGUUCAACAACCUGUCAUAUGUUUCCAAGAUCAAUGAGAUAACAUGGCCAGUGAAGAGUUACAGUUUUGAACAGGUAUUCAAGAACGACAUAGAACAGAAGAUUUCAGAAACCGAACCAAUUGAAUUCCAAGAGGCAACAGAUUACGACUUAGACCUUCUGUAUGAUCCACAAAGGUCUGAUUACGACAUCCCUUUCGGAUUUACAGAUUACUCACCAGUUGGUCAAGGUUUAUUCAUCAUCUGAUAUCCUUUAGGCUAGAAUUUCUGAUGAGUAAAUAAGAAACUAGAACCAGAUUGAAUUGAUCAUGUCUGUGAUGAUUGCAUAUAUAUAUAUAUAUGAUGAAUCCAUCUUAUAUUACAAAGUCUUUUUAAGAGAAUUAUUUGACAUUAACCUCAACAAUUUUGGACAGUGUAGGUGGUUUUGGUACAGUAAUAUACAAGACACCAUCUUUGACCUCUGCAUUGAUAUUCUCAAACAAUACAUUUUCAGGCAAAGCUAUUCUGCAGCUGUAUUUUCCAUAGCUUUUAGCAGACCAUUCUUCAUUCUCUUUGGGCAAUUUCUCAGCUUUCACAGCAAGCAUUUUCUCCUCAACCCAAACCUUUACAUCUUCCUUAGUCAUUCCUGGCACGUCAAAUCUCAUCUUGUAGUCUGUCUCACCUUCCUUUAUCUCCCAUGGCGUCCUUCCACGACCAAACCCACCGCUAGCCUG